UUUUCUUCCCCUAUUUUUAUAUUUAUUUUUUUAAAAAAAAACACGUGCUUUAUGUUCCAAUAAAUUAAUCCAAUUAAUUAUUUUCAAAAGACAAUCCGAUAAAAGACAUCCAAGAUAUUAAAAAUUAAAUAAAAACAAGAAAAUGCUAGGAAGGUAGCUCUUCUUUAUAUUCUUCUUGUCAUCUCCAAAAUUACAAUCAUCCUAAAACAAAUUUGAACACCCAAAGAGUUUUUCAGAUCUGAAAUAUUCAAGUUGCAAUUCCAAAUUCCCAUACCUUUUUUUUUUUUAAUUUCAAUUGCAUCAUGUCUACUACCUCCGACAACGCCGGCGCCGCACCCAGGUCUGCCAAGCUACCGGAGAAGUCCAGUUUUGCUCAGACUUGUAAUCUCUUGAGUCAAUACUUGAAGGAGAAGAGAACCCUUGCAAUUACUCCAAGGAUUGAACCAAAAGAUGAGUUUCCGACGACUCGACCACCGGUGGUAAUGAAUUUUUUUACGAACAUGGAAAACCCAGAUGAGAAAUCUGCCUCUGUGGCGGCGGCGGACUCUAUUCCACCAGGCGCAGAGCCGCCCUCUGCCACACAGAUGACCAUUUUUUAUGACGGAAAAGUGUUGGUGUUUAAUGAUCUACCUUCGGAGAGGGCGGAGGAGAUCAUGGCCAUGGCCGGUAAGGGAAUUGCGCCGUCUUCCAGAUCUAUCACCACCGCCGUUUCAGACAACGGCGGAGAACAACCCCUGACGAAAGUCUCGAGCGAUUUACCCAUUGCAAGAAGAGCAUCCCUGCAUCGAUUCUUCGAGAAGAGAAAAGACAGAGUCGCAGCAAGAGGUCCAUACCAAGUGAAUUUACAGGCUUCUUCUAAACCGAGUGGAGAAAGCUACAGAUUCAAGAAGGAAAACGAGCAAUCUUCGAAGCAGUUUGAUUUAAAUUUAUAGGAAAGAUUAAUUAUAUAAAUAGUUAAGAUUAUCGUUGUAAAAUUCUGACAUUAAUUACAAUUAUGGAUGGGGUGGAUCCAUGGCGAGUGUAAUCGACUUUGUUCUUCUGAAGGUGGAAGCCGACCCCCUAAACAAAUGAACAGAUGCCGACUUCUUCUUUACUUUUCAACGAACACACACACACAUAUAUAUAUUCUUAAUUAAUUUAUUAAGAGUAAUUAUAGAUUUGCAAAUUAAUUAAUAUGCCCCUUGUUGUGAAACUGGAAACUUGAGACUAAUGUAUAUCCAUCUUACUCUAUGACGUUUCUUCUUAUUAUGCUCUAUCGGUCUGACUCAAAGCUGUGGUUCCUUUUUUUUCUUAAGAAUGAAUGGAGUAAUUCAUCUA